GCAAAACCCUACCAGAGCUUCCACAACCAAUUAUCCACUACGUUUGGUUUUGAUUCGAGACUUAUAAUUUGUUUUCUCUUCUUGUUCUUGGUCGGAUUGGUCAACUAGUACCACUUCUAUGUUUGGAUUUGGAUUUAGAACGCUGAAUUACGACCACAAACACCAAUUGGGCGUUCGUUUGAUUAGCGUUUGUUUUAGGGAUUUCUUUCUGUUCUGAGUCGAAUUUCCCUUCUAAUUACAUUUUCGAGCUUCGAUUUGUUUUUGGAAAGAUGAUUCUUGGGCAAAAACUCAAAAAUGAACUGAAGCUAUUUGUCAGUUUUCUGUUCACUUAUGAGACUGUUCAUAGCCAAAUCCUUCUGUAAAAGCUUUAAUUUAGGUUUUUGUUUCUGCAAUUGAGGUUUGUAGGUUGCUGAUACUCGUACUACGAACUCCUUGAUGGAGCGGGGAAAGGUUGUUCGGUGGAUACCAAGAAGUACAGACAGUCCGUUGUUCAUCGGAAGAUGCAGGGAGAUCUGUGACCAGGUCCCAGUUUGCUAUCCUGGCAGACACAGAUGAGGAGUUCCCAGCUCUAUCUGAUGGAAUCAGUGUGAAGAAGACUGCAAAACUAACUGAUGCUACUACGACCAUGAGUUCUUUGAAAAUUGCAGGGGGAUCUACUACUGAUAUAGUGAAUUCAGUCCCAUGUGCUUGGAAAUCUGCAUAGCAUAAUUCUUCCAAUCACAAGGCUAAAGAUGUUCUGAAAUCUGGAAAUUACUCCAAGGUGCCAGAAACUGGACAGAAUGUGAAUGAGGGGAUGUUGGUGGCAUCUAGUCAGAUUUCACAGGAGGAUGGGAUACCAUUGGGUAUUUAAUUACAUGUGAUUACAGGGGAGCUUACUGCUACAGGUUUUCCAAAACAGAAUGAAGGGGCUAUUAAGCCAUGGACUACUCUUUUCAAAUAGUUUAUGACAUAUUCUCAUAUAGAUGAACUAUAGUAGUAAAGAUGAUUUAUUUAUAAACAUUUCCAGUAUUGAUAUCUCUUUUGUCAGGUGGACAACUAACUCUCGUUUUAUGUGCAGCCUUGUUGAUGUCUUCAUUUUAGAUACUCACAAGGAUACCAUUCCAACUCUCACCUAUGGAAUUUCAAGCUCCUCCACCUUUCUUUCCAUCUCAAAUCAAUUGCUUAUUGUUAUUAUUAUUAUUAUUAUUAUUAUUAUUAUUAUUAUUAUUAUUAUUAUUAUUAUUAUUAUUAUUAUUUAUAAAUCAAUGCUAAUCCAAUUUAUUGCUCUCUUGAACUUCAAGUCUACCCUAUUGCUACCUUCUGUGAAGUGCUCUUUCAAAAACAUAUCUUCGGUUAAGUUCUUAUAAAAAUAUUUAAUUGUUAUUUUUACCUUUGGUAAUACAUACCUAUUCAGAUUCUUUGAUGUUUCUCAUUUCAUUUUGAGAAAUUCAAACUUGCAGGUGUCUAUUGUUUUGGUUCUAAAAUUGUAAUUAAUGUACAUUUGAGUUUCAUACAUUUGGAUUAUACUGUUAAUUUUUUUCUUGCAGAACCAGUUUCCUAAUUCAAUUGGUUUCUCAGGUUUUUUUUGGUGAUGUUAACAAGAUUCUUGAGGUGUCAGAUUAUUACCCUGAACUGGAUGUUCAAUAUCCUAUUACUAUUCUAGUCAAACAGAAGUCGAGAACUAUGGACAUAUGUGAUUGGUUUCAGUAAAAAGAAGCAUCUAAGAAGGGUAGAGACAAAGGUGGGCAUAACAUUAACUAAUUUGCCUUUGCUUUUGCAUAUUUUCUUUAUCCAUUCUUCAAUUUUUUGAGUUAAUGAGUGCUAAUGGAUGAGAUUAAUGGUUUAGUUCUUCUCCUCUACGUAUUUGAUUCUCAUUUUUUAGGCUUGAAAUAAAUACUUGGAGUUUGGUUUGUGUUUGUGCAUCUCCGAGAGCUUCUAAAUAAAUACCGGAAUGCGACGCCAGUUAUUCUUGUCAGAUGAGUUCACUUCUUUUAAUAAAACUGUUUGAGUAAGUGUUACUUUCAUUGCCUUACUUCUAUGUUUCUCAAUUUCAUGUUUCCUGUGUUAUUUUACCAAUUGUUCCUAGUAUUUAAAAAGGUAAUAAAAUUCCAGUUUUUUUUUAAUAUAAAAUACUAUAGUAUGACGAGAAAACCAUAUUAAUGCUCUAAGGCUGUAUAUAACAUUAUCGACAAAGAAGGGUAAUAUGUCCUCUGAGGUAAAUCUAAACUGAAAACUACAAGAGAACAAAGGGGUAGUCAUUUUAUGAAUUGUUAAUAAUCUCUUGGGUAAUGUAGCCUUGGCAAUUUGAUCAGAAAACUUGUAUGUGGUCUACCAACAUGACUAUAAAUUUCUAUCAAUGAAAUUGUGCUCUUCAGGAAUAUGCAUUUUCAGCAGCUUCCUGGCCAGAUCUCAACGUGUUUGAUUUGAUUUGCCUGUGUUUCCUAUAAAGAAAAGCUUGAAGACCUGGAGGAUCAUGGGGAGGUGGCAUGGAGCAAGGGCUUGAAUUUGAAGCAUUAUUUACCAUUGAAUGAAAUCUGAACUUCUUCCUCAACACUAUGACGGAGCAAAUCAGCGCCUCUUUGCACACUUCAAAUAUCCCUUUUGGCACACUGUUGAUACUUCAUUAGUUUUGAGUAAUCUUGUAAAAGUUGUAGAUUUAUAGCAUAUUGUAAAAAUGUUGUAUAGUUAAAGUGUAGAUUUAUAGCAUAUUGUAAUGUACUUUAAUGAUAUUGACACUAAAUAAUUUGAGUAAUAAAUACAAAUGUUGAUCUUGUAUUUUG